AUGAACCUCGCGCGCCGGGCAUUGCGCACACCACGCCCUCUUCUAGUUGGGCGGAGAGCGUAUGCGUCUCCAGCGCCUAGGAAACCAACACCGCCAGUGCCAAAGGCUGCACCUCCCAACAAGGAUAAGAAAGAGGCGCCCGUGUACAACUUCAACACGUCGCUUACGUUCGAUGCCGUCGCUGAUCCUGAGGUGGCCAAGUAUCGGAGGGUGACGGCGACGGAGCUGGCCAAUUUCCGCGAGCCGCCGACCAAGGUGCGGAUGCUUGUGCGCGACUUUAUCGACGACAGCUUGUACAAUCCACACUACGGCUACUUUAGCAAGAACGUGUCCAUUUUCACACCUCCCGAUGGGAAGGGGUACGAUUUCCGCUCAUUCCGAGACCAGAACGAGUUCCAGGAACGCGUUGCCGAACGCUACGAGAGCGAGUAUGGCGCCGAAUCUGGGCUCGGACGACAGGUGUGGCACACCCCCACCGAGCUCUUCAAGCCGCACUAUGCGCGUGCCCUCACGGCCGCAAUGGUCAACGCAUACAAGCUCAACCACUACCCCCACGAUUUUGUCAUCUACGAAGUCGGUGCGGGAAACGGGACGUUUAUGAUCGACGCACUCACAUUCUUAAAGGAGGAGUACCCCGAUAUCUUUGCGCGGACAAAGUAUCGUAUCGUGGAGAUUUCGGGGGCGCUCGCCAAGAUCCAGCGGUCGCGGGCGGUGGCGGCCGGGUUCGAUAACGUCGAAGUCAUCAAUCAGGACGUGUUCAAGUGGCAAGGAGGGAGCACUGAGCCUUGCUAUGUUGUUGCGUGCGAGGUGUUUGACAACUUUUCACACGACAUGAUUCGGUACGAUAUGGGCACGCUCGAACCCAUGCAGGCUAGCGUGGCCAUUGACUCGCGCGGCGACUUUAGCGUCUACUACGAGCCUCUGCACGAUCCACUCCUCAGGCGCGUCCUCGCAUACCGCCGCCUCCUGCCGCCCAGUCCCUCAACCCAGCCGCCGCUCAGCAAGCCCCUCCUCGCCUCGUCAACAUUGCGCAAGGUCUACUCGCAGAUCCCGUUCGCUCCCAACCUCUCCCCGCCAGAGUUUGUUCCGACCAAGGCGGUCGCUUUCCUCGAGCGCCUGCGCGACCAGCUUCCCAACCACCGCCUUCUCGUCGCCGACUUUGACACGCUUCCAGACGCCGUCGCUGGCCGUAAUGGGCCCGUAGUACAGACGCGCUACGGAGGUACGAUGGUGCCGUGCGAGACGUUCCUCGUCAAGCAGGGAUACUUUGACAUUUUCUUCCCGACCGACUUUGAACUGCUACGUGACACGUACUCGCUCAUCAUGAACUCUCCGUCGCGCCGCGCAACCGACGGCAGCGGCAAGGGGCGCGGCAAGCUGUCAAACGACUUCUUCACGGGCGUCCGCGGGUUCCGGCGCCGCGCAAUCAACGUGUACUCGCAGGGCGAGUUUGUGAUGAAGUACGGGGGACGCGAGGCGAUCAAGGCCACGACGACGCGUGACGGCAUGAGCGUCAUGCUCAGCAUGUACCACAACACCAAGGUCCUCUUUUAG